AUGGCGGCCAGCAACCACAGGGAGGACAGCGCGGAGACGGAGCUGGUGGAACAACAGUCGAUCGCGCACUUUAUCCCUCAUCUCAACAACGCAAGCCUCACCUCUUCGCAGGCGGACGCGAAGGCACUGGAGGAGGCGGUCGGCGUGGACCUGCGCGCGGUACCAGAGGAGCACUCGGGCAAGUGCGUGAUGAUCUCAUGGAUCCUCUUCUCGUCCGUGAGCUUCGCUUUCAUGCUGAUAGCGUCGCUUCCAGUGCCGUGGCUGAAAGACGGCCAGGGCCGAAAGUGGACGGUAUGGAGAGAUGUGAACGGGACGCUGUGGAGCAAGAUCGAGUGCGACCACAAGCGCCAGUUGUUUCAGGCGAUGGAGGCGUUCACGAUCGUUGGAUGCUUGCUGAGUCUUGGGAGCCUCGUCGCGGGUGCCCUGCAGAUGAUGGGCCGCGGCCACCUUGGUGUGAUGAUGUUGUUCGGCUUCUUGGCAGUGAUGGUUGAGCUGGCGGACUGGGCGCUUAUCGUGAACCAGUACCACAAGCACAACUGCGCCGGUGAUGUGGUAUACGCGGCGGGAAUCAACCGCCUCGACGCCGGCUUCGGUCUUGUCCUCAUUUCCUUCAUCCUGAUGUUUUUCGGCAUCCUCACCCUGGCGCGCUGGAUGAACGAAACCCUCAGUCUGUCGGAGCUGCAUCGCACCAAGUACCACAGCUCCGCCCUCAUGAGCUCCUUCAUCAGCGGCUGCGUGCUGAUGAUCGCGACCGUGGGGACGACGCAGAGCAUGUGGGUGCACUACGACAGGAAGACGUCGCUGAAGAUCACUUACUGGGGCGUCGAGAUCUACCACCGCAAGGAGGGCCUGUCGGAGAACUGGCCGCUGAGCUCGUACCACUGUCCACCGUUCACUUUUUAUAUGCGCUCUGGUGCCGUCUUCUCCAUAAUCAGCGACGUGUUCCUCUUCUUCACGUUCCUGUUCUCCGUUGCGGCCGUGUACAACCGCCAGUGCAAGUGGGUCACGGUGGGCCUCGGUGUGGUCUCUUGGAUCCUCCUGCUGGUGUGCUGGGCCAUCACGAUCGCCGCUCGAUACAAAACGUUCUGCCCCUCGGGCGUGGUGCCGCCGGCCAUUGCGAUCUACGGUGCCCCGCUUGACACCGUCGAGCAGCGGGUGAACUUCAAAGGCUUCGUCAUCACGGACGGCCUGGGUAUGAUCAUCUCGGCGUGGUGCAUCACAACGGCAAACCUCAUCUACCUGGUGCUCAAAGGGUAA